UAGGAGGCGGCAUCGGGUGGAGAACUGCUGUUAGUUUGCGCUGUGUUUAUUGUUAAGGUUGUGUGGAUUAGCACUGCGGUACCCAGUUCCUUUUCAUAAUAUCAACAAUAUAGCUUUAAAAUGAGUUAAAGGUGCGCGACCUGUCCUGAGCUGUCUCCUUAGGAUGACAGCUGGUGUUUCCAGUGGUUGACAGGGAAAUAAUUUAUGAAAGACACAGAAGAAACCAUGAACAAAGGAAAGGUGAAAGAAAAACCAUGAUACUGCACCAAAACUGAUCCACGCCUGCUGCCAAGGAACACCCUCAUCUUCUACCAGCUUGCUCUGGUGAUGGCUAACUCAGUGGCCUUAGUGGUCCAAUCAGAACUCUUACCACCCCAGUCCACCGCCUCCCUCUCUCCUUUCCCGUCACUUCUUGGGACGGGAGAGGAUGGCGAGGACGACAGGGACCGAGGGGAGCUGGUGGAGGGAGACAAAGGAGUAGUAGAGGGUGGGGAAGAGGUGGUUCUGGACAUGGUGACGUCGUCUGUGUCAGGUCCACCUCAGCAGCCCGAGCAGUCGGACCAUCCCUUCCAGUGUAUGGACUGUGGGAAGAGCUUCAGGUGGUCUUCCAGGCUGACCCACCACCAGCGGAGCCACAACAAUGAGAGACCAUACCGCUGCAACCUCUGCCCCAAGGCCUUCAAGGGCUCCUCUGCUCUGCUCUACCACCAACGGUCUCACUCAGGGGAGAAGCCUUACAAAUGUCAGGAGUGCGGCAAAGCCUUCAAACGCUCCUCUCUGCUCCAGGUCCAUCAGAGUGUCCACACUGGAGUGCGUACCUUCCUGUGCCCCUAUUGCCCUCUGACCUUCAAAUGGAGCUCUCAUUACCAGUAUCACCUGCGGCAGCAUACGGGAGAGUGCCCCUACCCCUGUGACACCUGCCCCAAGGCCUUCAAGAACUCAAGCAGUCUACGGCGACACAAGAAUGUCCACCUUGGUCUCAAGCCUUACACCUGCUCAGUGUGUAAUAAAUCCUUCACUCAAUCCACCAACCUGAGGCAGCACAUGAGGAUACAUACAGGCGAGAGGCCCUACAUCUGCGGUGAGUGUGGACGAAGCUUCACACACUCAUCAAACCUGGCUCUGCAUAAAAACUCGCACUCCAAUGCAGGAGCAAAGGAGGGAAAGAGGGGAGAGGAACCGAGGAAGGGAAAUGAGAUAGUGGAGGUGGUGGUAGGGACAGAGGAAGUGACAUCGUCUAUGUUGACGGACAUGGUGGGAUUUGUGAGCCAUGAGGGAACUGAUGGAGUCGGGGUGGGGAUGGAAGAAGUGUUCCUAUCAACCCCAUCCUCCGGCCAGAAUCCGAGCCUUCUCCCCCAGCUCACGCUCACCUCCUCUGGGGAGGCUGUGUGUACAUCUCGAGCUAUCGGGACAGAGGUUCACCUGAGCACAGACACCGGGGCCAGUGUGCUGCUGUACAGCUGUGGCAGCUGCAACCACACCUUUGGCACACGGACAGAUCUAGAGGAGCACCAGGCCAUCCACAUGGCUCCAGAGGGACACGGGUCCGGUGCAGAGGUGGGGCCUGGGGCUGGGAUGGAGGUUGGAGAUGGGCUGGUGGGAGCUGGACACCUGCUGGCUGAUUUUGAGGAGGUAGUGGAGACGACGACAGUGGCUGAAAAUGGACACACGGCAGAGGUGCUCCUUGGACUGACAGAGGGAACAGAUGGCAGCAGUGCAAAUGUGGGAACCACCCAGGCCCAGUUUGACCUGCUGCAGAGCUUCACCGAGGUGACUCAGAGCUCUGAGACCGUUCAGCCAGAGGCCAGAACCACAUGGGCAGGGCUGUCAUGUGGCUACUGCAAUAAGACCUUCAAGACCAGUGGAGGCCUCAAUAGACAUGUGUCACUGAUGCACUCUCUCUCAUCACAGUCCCGCUCCCAGUUCAGCUGCUCCGCCUGUGACCGCUCCUUCCCCCUUCUCUCCUCACUCCUCACCCACCAACACUCCCACACGCCUGAGCAACGUCUCCUGGCCGAGGCAGAGGCUGAGAUUGUGUGCCCCCCUUCCCUUUCCCUGUCUCUCCCCCUCCCCUCCUCUCCCAGCCAGGCCGACAAGCAGCAGGACGGCCAGAGGGAGAUCCGCGUCAACAUCAUCGCCGUCAGCGAGGAGCAAGAGGAACAACCGGCCAAACCGACCAAAGCUCCCAAAAAGACAGGAGCCAACAAGAGCACUCCUGCUGGAGAGAGGCCAUACCGCUGUUCAGAGUGUGGAAAAGCCUUCAAAGGUUCAUCGGGGCUGAAGUACCACAUGAGGGAUCACACUGGGGAAAGGCCCUACCGCUGCACCGAGUGUGGAAAGAGCUUCAAGAGGUCGUCUCUGCUUUCGAUCCAUCAGAGGGUUCACACAGGCGUUCGAGCUUUCCAGUGCCCUCACUGCCCUCUCACUUUCAAAUGGAGCUCUCACUACCAGUACCAUCUGCGGCAGCACACAGGUGAGAGGCCGUAUGUGUGUAAAGAGUGCGGCAAGUCCUUCAAGAACACCAGCUGCCUGCGAAGACACAGUCAGAUGCACUCUGGACUGCGGCCUCAUGUCUGCUCAAUUUGCUCAAAGUCUUUCUCCCAGACAUCAAACCUCAAACAGCAUGAACGCACCCAUUCUGGUGAGAGACCCUUCCAGUGCACACACUGCAAUAAAAGCUUUACACACUCCUCCAACCUCCAGCUCCACCUCCGCACACACUCCUCAAGCAAGGACUUCAAAUGCCCGUACUGCUCAAAGGAGUUUGUCAUGCACUCCUACUUGCAGAGGCACAUCCGCACACAUGGCAGCAGUGUUCCCCUGCCCUGCGCUGGUGGUGGAAGUAAAGAUGGAGUGGCUGUGAAAGCCAGUGUUGGAGGAGUAACAACCACCACGACCCUGCUCAACCCCAUCACUCUGGAAACCUCAGGAAAUCAUGGCAGCCUGAUUGUGUCCCAGCCAGCACUUAAUAUCCCCCCCAACACCUCCCAGAACUACUUUAUGAUUCAGACAGCCAGCGGCCUGCAGCUCAUUCCGCUGUCGGCCCCUCCACCUGCCCCUCCGCCACCUCCACCACCUCCCCCUCCGUCCCAGCCCCAAAACUUCUUCCUCCUACAGUGCCCCUCCAAUAACGGCGGGCAGUCCAGCUUGAUUCUCGUCCCAACGACUAACAACCCUCCACCAGCUCCUGAGCCUCAGACCCUCCCCAUGCUUCAGACGAUCCAGGCACUCCAGCCCGUCCUAAACCAAACACAGACUCAGAUGUCACACUUUCCAACCUUAUCGCAGCAACAACAGCAGACCAGGUUUAUAAUCACCAACAAUAACAACAAUGCAAACACUCCUCUUGCCACACCAACACGCACUUUCUCAGCCAACUCCCUCCUGUCCAAGCCCAUAUUAGGGAAAAGCACACGGACUGCUCGGGGCAGACGGGGACGCAAACCCAAAGCGGCUCUUCAGAAAUCUGCAGCAGCUCCUGUCAGUCAGACUGCAGGUGGUGCUCUGUCAGUGACAAACUGUCAUGUGACCAGUGUCCCACAGACUGCCACUAACACCACAGACUCAUCAUCUGUAUCCACAUCACAGUGUCCCCUGUCAACAUCUUGCACUGCUGCCCCAAUUCUUUCAUCUUCCACCACUGUAACCCCCACAGUGGACACUUCAGGACCUCCAUCAGCUGUUACCACGGCCACGGCUUCCGUUUCCACUCCCGUCCCUGCUACUCUGGAAAGAAAACCUCAUACUACAGUGGGGCAAAUAAGGACAGAGGAUACCAUGGCGGGGAAACAGUUUGUGUUAUGUUUUGAUAAUGAAGGACGGGCGAAGGAGGGGAUGAGUAUGGAGGAGGGUGGGCAGUCGUAUGUGUUACAGUUUGGGGAUGCAUCAGGAGAGGCGGUGGAUGGAGGAAUGGGCGAGGAGGGAAAAUCACUUGUGUUGCAGUUCAAGACAGAUGGGCAAGGUGAUGGGGCAAAGGGGGGAGAUAAGGGUGGGAUGAUGUCACUUCUGCAUGAAUGGGGUGGAGAAAAGCAGGGGGAGAGGCAGCCCGGAGAGGAAGGCAGCCAGGGAGAGUCUUACGUCCUACAUUUCCACACUGAAGCACAGGACGGCAGUCAAGCCAGUGCUACCUUCAACCAAGGGCAGGAAACCAGCCUGCAGCUUUCCUGCACACCGACACAAAGCUUGGUGCCACUUGAUGGGCAGGAGGUGGUGUUUGAACUUGGGGGUGAGACCAAGAUGGAGCAGGAAGCUGAGGAGGGGAUGCAGAUGAUAGCCCUAAUCGAAGGUGAAGGGGGGAUGAUGGGGGAAGAAGGGGCAGGUUGCAAUAGUGCAAGUGGGAGGGUAACUGAGGGUGGAGGAGCCAUGGAGGGCUUGUUCCAGCUGGGAAAUGGUGAGGAAAUUGUCAUAAUUGAAGUCAGCACUAGUAGCUUAAGAGAAGGAAGGAUGGAGAGAGGAGGGGAUGGGGAGAUCUCACAAAGUAGUGAGGUGAAAUAUGAGAGCGUGACAGCGGAGGCAAAUGAAAAGCCUGUGAAGGAACACAGCUCUGCAGCCAAUACAGAGGCAUCAACAGAGGACACAAUGAGAAAUGGACCUAUAGCUAACUCUAAAGAGAUGCAGUUCUCUAGCUAAAAGUGUCCAUGUUAGAGAAGAAGAGUGUGCGAGUGAAUGCCAGGGCUCGGUGUGUUUAGCACUUUAGUUUGUUUUCUCCUGGAGCUGAGGGAGAACAUGCAGUUAGAUGAGUACUGUGUUGUAAUCCCAUGGUGCCACAUACUAGAAAUGUUAUACAUUCAAAUAGGCUGUACAUGGACCUUGGAAUAUUCCUAAAUAUUAGUUAAAAUGAUACUGUCAUUGGCAGUUUGUUUAUUAUAAAGUAAAUAUGUUUUUUGUGAAUAAAUGUUGUACAUGGCCCACUUUCUUCAUAAUGUUAAUAGUAAAUAGUAGUUAAUUAUUAAUAAAUCUGUCAAUACCUUUAA